AUGUCGCAGAGCUCGUCAGCGGCAAUACCCACGCUUUCCUCGGUGUCGAUCGCCGAAAAGACUGCGAAUGCUCCUGCGGCGGCCAGCAGGGAUGCCCCGACACCGCCUCGACCGGCAUCUAAAUUACGCAGUUGCCUUGUAUGUCGCGCACGCAAGGUUCGCUGUGACAAGAAGUCACCCUGCUCCAAUUGCCGCCGAGCCAACAUCGCCUGUGUCAUUCCGUCAGAUGACCGCCCGCCGAGGUGGGCGCGUCGUCUCCAUCAUCUCACCAACAAUCCUCCAGCGUCAGACGCUCCGCAACCGUUGGACGCCAAUGCGGACCUUGACAAGGUCAUGGAGAGACUGCGCAACCUUGAGCUCCUGGUGAAGGAUCUGAGCGGUCAGUUGGAGCAGACUCGUGCAGCGACGACGAGCUCGGCUGGCGGCAAUUCAUCUAGAGUCAAUUCGCCUGAUGAUAGUUCGAUCAAGAAUCGGGACAGAGAGCACGAGAGGACGCUGUCACCGGCGACUGAUAUCAGCAAACUUCGUCAACACUUUGGCCGCUUGGUGCUCCAAAAUGCCGGUCGCAGCCAUUAUGUGAGCAGCGCCUUCUGGACCCGGGUCGACGAAGAGCUCGAUGGCUUAGAGGCCGAUAGUGGGGGUCAAGUAACAGACGAUUCGGACAGCUCAUGGGAUGAUGCAGCUCUUGAAGAGACAGUGCCCACCCAGGACACCGAGCGGACGCCCUGGCAACGCCAUGCGUUCCUGUUUCGACAUAAUCUAGCUCCUGCAGCUCCCAAUCUCGACGAGCUACAUCCGCUACCCUCACAUUUGCCCAUCCUUCUGGACAGCUUUUCGAGAAACGUGAACGUGUUCAUGCAAAUUGUCCACAUCCCAACCUUCACGAAGAUGGUCUUUGGUCCUGACGGUGUUCGCAUGGCCCACCUCACACCAUCUCAUGAAGCCUUAAUAUUCUCCGUCUCUUACGCUGCUGUAACAUCCAUGGAGGAGGACGAUGCAAUGAACCACUUUGGCUCCCCCAAAUCCGAACUGAGUCUCAAGUAUCGUCUUGGGCUGGAGCAUUGCCUGGCCAAGGCUGAUUUCCUGACCCUCCCCAAUCUGGAACUAGUCCAGGCGUUUGCCCUCUUUCUAUGCCUUGCCCGACGACAUGACAGUCCGAGGUUUGUGUGGAUGAUGACUGGGCUCGUCAUCAGAAUGGCGCAGUACCUUGGUUUGCAGCGAGAUGGACUUCAUUUCAAACACCAAAGACCUUUUGAGACUGAGAUGCGGCGACGCGUCUGGUGGACUCUGUGUCGACUGGAUUUACGGGCAUCUGAGGACCAAGGAACAGAUCUAAGCAUCGCGCACGGCAGCUUCGACACAAAGAUCCCACUCAACGUCAACGAUGGAGACAUAGAUCCUGAGUCGAAACAGACUCCCACAGAGCGGCAGGGCAUCACCGACAUGACAUUUACACGCAUCUCCGCUGGAAUCGUCGACAUUAUGAGGCAGAUGAUGAUAUCUAGUGCCGGUGAGCACCAGAGCCGUCUUUUGAACGAAAUCUACGGGAAUUUCGAACGGGAGUAUCUUCAACACACGAGUGAAUCAGGGAACAUUGCCUACUGGGUCGCCGCCACCGUCGCGCGAAUGGUCAUGGCCAAGAUGACGCUCAUCGUGUAUCUCCCGACUCUCUUUUCUACCCCUAGCGAGCCCACGUCGGACGAGAUCAGAACCAAGUUGCUUGUCUCGGCAAUGGAGGUCGCAGAAUACAACCAUGCACUCAACGCCGAAGAGGCAUGUCGGCAUUGGCGCUGGCUUUAUCAGAGCCACACCCACUGGCAUGCCAUUGUAUUCCUCCUGAUCGAGAUUUCACGACGGCCGUGGUCGUCUACCGUCGAGAGGGCUUGGGUUGUCCUCCACAGUAAAUGGCUGAUUCCGGCCCAGGCUCUAGCAGACAACAACCUUCGCAUAUGGAUUCCGCUACGAAAGCUGAUUACCAAGGCCCAGAAGCAUCGGGACGCCGAGCUCCAAAGGCUCCGCGCCGAUCCACAGGCGGCUGCAUUGCUGGAAAUGGAAGACUACAAGACUCCUGUGCCUGCAAGCUCUGCUCCAUUCCCAGCCAGAUCCAGUGUGGACAGUUUCCGUGAGCGAUGGCGCCGGCUCGUAGCCACCCCAGUGCUGCCCCUCGACCAGCGACACAUACCGCGCACCUCUAACGCAAGACUUGCCGACCCUACAGUCCAUGAAGUCCACAGGGAGCCUUUGUUUGCCGGGUUGAUUCCUCCAAGUAACUCCGGGGAUUCCGAGUUCGACAUCCCCUCUGAAGUAACGUCCUUAAGCAUGAACGGACUGCAAAAUGACGAAAUCCCGAAGAACAUCAACAACAACGACCCUCAUUCGUCAAUGAACACGAACAUUCCCAGGGAGCCGGCUUCUGAACAGCCCGUUGAGCCACCAUAUAACACCAUUCGCACGGGGCCUGGCGACCUGGUUGACGGCCGGACCAUGGGUCCGGGUUUCCACCCUUGGCUCUGGGCAGAUGCGGACCCAUCAGUCGACGUGUUCUCGAACUGGGAGAUUGAUUCCGUCGAUGCCAAUAUGGACCUUGGAGGGGAAAUGAACUGGUAUAAUUGGCUCGAGUCUGCCAGAGGGAUGGAGAGGGACGCAGGCCCUACUUAUGGCACGAGAUGGACUGAAUCCACUCGGAAUCCCUAG